GCUGUCAGUGUUGGAUGAGACGCGCUCUUCCAACGUGAGAAUCCAAGGAUUCAUCGCCAACAUUGAUGAGGAUGACCAACUUAUAUGGUUGUUGCUCACCAGAUUUGAAUCAUUUGUGUCACUAAUCUUGUUGCUUCGUCCGCCUCUCAUGGUCACAAGCCAUGGUAAAAGAACUUACGGAUGAGCAGCAGCAGCAACGACAAUGGCAACAAGAACGACUCCGACAGCAGCGGAAGACGAUAAAAAGUCUCUUCCCACCAACCCACCAACCUCCGUUCGGGAAAAUAAUGCCAUCGGUGUUUCCACUUUCGACCGGGGAUAAAUCCAACUAUAGUCCGACCCCCAAAAAGGGAUCCUCAUGGGAGCAAACCCCUUCCCCUUCCUCGCUCUCCUCUUAGUCUUCCGUUCUCUGCCUGCUGUUGCAGCAGCAGCUAGAGCGGAGCAGCCGUUCGUGGGCGUGAACAUUGGCACCGACGUGUCGAACCUGUUUCCGCCGGCGGACCUCGCCGCCUUCGUCGAGGCGCAGCAGAUCAAGCACGUCCGCCUCUACGACGCCGACCCGGGAAUCCUGUCGGCGCUGGCCGGUGCCGGCGUCUCCGUGGCCGUCGGCGUGCCCAAUAACCAGCUGCUCGCCCUGGGCUCCUCCCCGGCCACCGCCGCCGCCUGGGUCGCCCGCCACGUCGUCCCCUUCCACCCGGACACCCCCAUCUCGGCCGUGGCCGUGGGCGACGAGGUCCCCACCGCGCUGCCUUCGGUCCUCCCGCUCCUCCUCCCGGCCCUCCGCUCCCUCUCCGCCGCCCUCGCCGCCGCCAACCUCUCUUCCAUCCCGGUCUCCACCCCGCUGCCAUUUUCCGUCAUCCUCGACCCCUUCCCGCCCUCCCAGGCCUACUUCAACCAGUCGCUGGCCAACGGCUUCCUCACCUCCCUCCUGCGUUUCCUCAACGACACCGCCGCGCCGCUCAUGCUCAACCUCUACCCCUACUAUGCCUUCAUGCAGGGCCGCGGCGCCAUUCCCCUCGACAACGCCCUCUUCAAGCCCCUCCGCCCGGCCCUCGAGGAGGUCGACCCCAACACCCUCCUCCACUACACCAACGUGCUCGACGCCAUGAUCGACGCCGCCUACGUCGCCAUGCGCAACCUCAAUUUCACCAGCGUGCCCGUGCUCAUCACCGAGACCGGGUGGCCUGGCAAUGGCUCCCGCCGUGACGAGCCCUAUGCCACCCGGGAGCUCGCCAGCAUCUACAAUUCCAACGUCAUCCGCCACGUGCUCGACCGCGCCGGCACGCCGCUGCGCCCCGAGGCCACCCCCAGCGUCUACAUCUACGAGCUGUUCGACGAGGACCUGCGCCCGGGUCCGGCGUCGGAAGCCAGCUGGGGCCUCUUCUACGGCAACGGGACGCCGGUGUACCUGCUGCACGUGUCGGGGGCCGGGGGUUUCCUGGCCAACGACACCACGAACCGGACGUACUGCGUGGCGGCGGAGGGGGCGGACCGGCGGGGGCUGCAGGCGGCGCUGGACUGGGCGUGCGGGCCGGGGCGGGCCAACUGUUCGGAGAUACAGCCUGGGGAGAGCUGCUACGCGCCCAACGACGUGACAGGCCACGCCUCGUAUGCCUUCGACAGCUACUACCAGAAGGAGGGGAAGGCCGCCGGCUCCUGCUACUUCCAGGGCGUCGCCAUGGUCACCACCACCGACCCAAGUCAUGGGGAUUGCAUCUUUCCUGGAAGCAAGCAGAUGAAUGUUUCAGGAGCAGGGAUGAAUGCCACUCUAGCCAGUAAGGCCGGGAUACCCUCCGCACUGAGACUAAGAACUGGAAUAGAACAUGACCACAUUAUCCCCAUGAUCUUAAGCAUAAUGUUGGUGGUCUCUACCUUGUCAUGGAACCAUAUGUCUUGAUGCUGGCAGCAAUUAACUAAUAGGAUCUUUCGCAAACAUUUCGAGGGAGUCGAGGUGCGAUGUCCAUUCUCUAUGGAAAUUUUGUAAAAGCCCCUGAAUCGAUUUUCUUCAUUCCUUUUGUAAUAUUUGUUCUUUCCAUAAUAAAAUUUUGUUGUUCUUCUUUUCCUUCUA